AUGUUCAUGCCCUCUCCCGCUGUCGCGAAGUUUCGCGUCUGUUUGCUAUGGCAUUGUCUAUUCAUAGCUGCUGUCUAUACCCAAAACUUCACCAUACCAUCGAAUUGGCAGAGUACAGUCUCGAGCACAAAGUCCCAGUUCAGCAAAGCACAAUGCGAGCAAUUGGCGUCGGGAGGAGCCGAGACAAUAGCUGGCUUUAUUGAUGUCGAUACGGGUUCAAUCUCAGUGUUGGAUGCAAUCACAACUGCCGGUCUAGCCGCCGUACUGACUCUACAAGACUACUAUAGCGGGAAUCAAACAUGGAAAGAUCAAGUGCUUCAGGAGAUACUUGGCAAGUAUUCGGCGAUGCACCCCACCUACUCAGACGGUGCCCAGUAUGGAACUUGGUCGCCGGAUACUUUGCAUUUUGGUUUAGCCGCAUACUAUGCCUAUCGCGCAUACAAUGAUUCCACGGCACUUCAACUUGCGGUUACGAAUUGGGAGCUCGCGUAUGCAGACUUCAUGACUGCGCAGCGUGCGCAAGCAGGGACGUUCCCUGGUGCCUCAAAUUUCACCAGCAACUGCUCGGCGAAAAGCGUCGGCGGCGUCUUCACUCGGCCACCGAUGGGGAUGAACGCGGAGAUGUCUACGGAUAGUUCUGGCAUGAUGAUAUCUCUGUCGGGCUACCUAUACAAUGCGACACGAAACGCCACGUAUCUUGAAACGGCCGAGCUUGGAGCAACUUUCAUGCAAAGUAACGCGUACCAUCCCGGUAACCCUAUCCCAGCCGGCAUCAAUGCCUCAGAUUGCACAAUACAGGACCCCAAUAUAUUUUCUUGGAACACCGGUCUAUACAUCCAGGGAAUGGCUGUACUGGCUAGCAUCACCGGGAACACCAGUUACUCAAACAUUCUCAACGAUCUGGUUGGGCUCGCUGGAAACGCCUCGUGGACUAGCACAGAAGAUGGUCACAUGACUGAGUACUUUCCGAGCUCCAGUGCCCCGGCUCCUUUCAAUGCAUACAAAGGUGUCUAUAUCCGCGCACUGGCAGAGGUUAUUCGUCUCAACCCGGGAUCAGCGAUGGCUGAGUUCAUCCAGGCGUACAUCAUAUCACAGCUGCAUGCAGUCACGCAGUCGGCAUACACUGCAGGCACGAACUUCUACUCCACCGACUGGAAUGGCCCUCCCGCCACCGGCUUCGAUGCUCUCGGAAGCAUCGCGGCCUUGGAUGUGCUCAACCCGGCUUUCGCCUUAUCAUCCUUUAGCGUCACCGGAUCCUCAUCAGCCACAACCGCGAGCUCGAUGCCCUCUACGAGUGGGACGUUGACCACAAGCGCAAGUCCGGAUAGUGGAUCGCGUCAUGGAACAACCUCAUCAUCGGUUGGAGGCAUCGUGGGAGGCGUAGUUGGUGGGAUGGCGGGAUGCACGCUGCUGGUGUUGGCAAUGCUUUGUGUACGUCGAUACAAGCGCCAAGGCUUAAACGUCUCGCAUGCUCGCCCCAGUCAAACGGCGCCAUCCCGGAAACGUCUCCAUGCGACAAGCCCGGAACCAUACAUGCUGGAACAUCCGGGUAUAGUGCGCGUAACGAAAGGUGGCACUGGCGCCAUCGAUGGCACUACUUUUGUGGGCUCCGCGUCGGGUCCUUCGAGAUGGGCUGGCGAAAGUACAACGAGCUCGCGUACGCUACCGGAAGCCACAGGAGGGGAUCCCCGCGACAUGGAAGCAACUCUAAGUGAUUUCGUAAAUCGUAUCCAACGUCUCCGGGCAAUGGUGUACACUAUGCCGCGUCACACGUCGGACGAGCAGCCACCGCAGUAUACCGACUGA